UGCACAACACAAAAUUGCGAUAUACACCAAGAGAAGUUAACUAGCUUUCUAGAAAUAGAACAAAGCGCUGCGACUUUCUGCACGGAUAGGUCCGCCUAAGAUAACAAGCUUCUAGAUUUGCGUGGAUUGAGUUAUUGGACUGGACCAAUCCAUUUGGAGGCGCGCGCUUUUGCGCUUUAACUAUUGGCUUUUGUCAGCAUGCGCGCCGGUUGUACCGGCGUGCUGGCGCUUGUAUUGCUUUUAGCAGUGGCGCCAGCCGUUUACGGAGCGGUCGUUUACAAGACGGGCACGAAUGGCUGUCCAAUCAACGCAUACGACUAUUGCAACUAUACAUCGGGUGGAAACAAGACGAUUUGCCCGAACUGCGCUGGGUGCAAGACAAUCGACGGCUACGGUGGAAACGUUCAGGCAUGUCGGCUUCCGUACAGCUUGAACGGCAUUGUCCUCGAUGAAGACAUCUGCCCGGGUAGCAUCCAGUCGAAGCCUAUAUACACCAACAGCGAUUCCUCAUCCGAACGCGCCAUCGGUACCCUCGUUACCUUCCGCACGAGCGCGGGUUGGUUGAUUGCAACCGUUCGCCUCGACUGCCCGUGGCUGUCGUACUUUUCGUACAAUGGCAAGGUACCGUCGUCAACCAUUGCCGCCGCAUCAGCGUCAACGAAUGCAAACGUUACCCGCCGCCGCCGGAUGCUGGGGAACUCGGUCAGCUGUCCCUCCUUGACAACUGACGGCUCGGUUCUGUACGGCAAAGGCAACGGUCAGUACCAGAACGGCAAGCCCGACACUCGCAGCACGCUCAGCGUUGCCUAUGUUGGCAGCAAGGGUUCAGUGUACGAGCAAGUCCCCAUGUUUCGCUACCAGAACAACGGAGACGGCUCCAACAACAAUGAAGACAAUGGCGGUGACGGAUGGUACAGUUGCUACACCUUCAUGCACCAGAUGACGAAUGUUGCAACGACUUGCGAGAAGGUCAAGAACGGCAUGGUUUCCCUGACGCUCCCACUCGUCUACAAGGUGACGUCGGACGGCAACAAGUGUUCCGUUACCAGUCAGAGCAGCACGGCCAAGACGUCGCCCGACACGCCCAUUUCGUGCGCUGAUACAUCUUGCCAGGUGCUAAACACCCCCUCGCCGCCGUCCCCCUCGCCGCUACCGCCUUCUCCAAGCCCCAGACCGCCUUCUCCAAGCCCCCUUCCUCCUUCGCCCAGCCCUCUUCCGCCUUCUCCUAGCCCAAGGCCGCCAUCGCCACAACCACCCAGCCCCACGCCGCCCAGCCCACAGCCGCCCUCUCCUCAGCCUCCUAGCCCCACGCCGCCUUCUCCUCAGCCGCCCUCGCCCCAGCCUCCCAGCCCCCAGCCGCCUUCUCCGCAACCGCCCAGCCCCACGCCCCCUUCUCCCCAGCCGCCCAGCCCCACUCCACCAAGUCCUCCAGUUGUUUCCCCUUCUCCGCCGCCUUUCCCGGCUCCUCCAUCUCAGCCGCCCAGCCCAGUGCCUCCGUCACCCAUGCCCCCGUCCCCAUCGCCGCUCCCUCCUUCUCCUCAGCCGCCUUCUCCGGUACCUCCUUCUCCUCAGCCACCCUCACCCAUGCCACCCUCGCCCCAGCCGCCCUCACCGGUACCUCCCUCACCCAGUCCUCCGUCGCCUCUCCCUCCCAGCCCGGUUCCCCCAUCGCCCCAGCCGCCAUCGCCCCUCCCUCCUUCUCCGUUGCCUCCUUCACCUACCCCCCCUUCACCCACGCCUCCUCUUCCCCCUGCUGCAACCGACGACGACGGAAAGGGUCGUUGCUACCCAGUGUACGAUUCCAACGGUAAUGUCGUUGACAAGACCUGCAUCUACAUUAUCAUUCCGCCCACCAGUGCCGUACAGUUAGAUCCUAACGGCAACCUCAUUACCAGCAGCGGCGUAAACAACACGGAAGACAUUGCCAAGGAAGAGAAGAAGGACGGAAGCCUCAAGGACACCCCGGCCUCAUCUUCCCCGCCGCCUCCAUCGCCUUCCCCCUCUCCGCCAUCACCCUCACCCUCACCUCCUCCCCCUUCACCUUCGUCCAACAACUCUACAAACAACACAACUGAGGAGCGCGACAACAAGCCUACUAUUGUCAAGGACGAUGGCGAGGAUGACCCCGUGAAGAACUAUUUGAAUCCGCCCGUGCUUCCCGACGACAAGGGCACGUCUUACGGUGUGGAUUCCCCCGCUCUAGAGGGUCCGGGUACCUUUACGGAACGCACGUCUCGCGGUUCCGACACUGCCCUGGGAUCCGGAGAGGGUCAGACCCCCGGAGGAAGCGGCACGGAUUACCCUGUUGAGGUUGUGGCGAACUACACCAAUGGCGGCAUGACUGUCAUGCUGCCGUCACCAUCUCCCUCACCACCGUCACCAUCUCCCUCACCACCGUCACCGACUCCCGAGCCGCCUUCUCCCUCGCCUCCGUCUCCUAGCCCCGACCCGCCCUCUCCCUCGCCUCCGUCUCCCACUCCGGAGCCGCCAUCUCCUUCUCCUCCCUCUCCCAGCCCAGAUCCUCCUUCUCCCACGCCGCCGUCUCCAAGUCCCCUGCCGCCCUCACCGGUGGCGAGCUCGAACCCUCCUCCGUCUCCCUCGCCGGACCCUCCCAGCCCCCAGCCGCCUUCUCCUUCCCCUCUCCCACCCAGCCCCGUCCCACCAUCGCCUUCCCCUCUCCCUCCCAGCCCCGUCCCACCAUCGCCUUCCCCUCUCCCUCCCAGCCCCCAGCCGCCUUCUCCCAUGCCUCCAUCUCCCAUCCCGCCCUCUCCCUCCACUUCUCUAUCACUCUGUGCCUGCCCGCCACUCCUCACCGCCGGGCAAACCAACUGCGCUUCUGUCUACAACAACACCGUCCCUGUUCACUGGUACUCGCGCCUCCUCAACAAGACGAUCGCCACGCAAUGCGUCGACGCACCAACAACAGAUCCUGUAACCGGAGCUCUUGUGUUUCCCAUUUGCUGGCGUCGUAGCUGUGUCGUUCAGAACGGAUCUCUAGACCUGGACGACAUUGACCUCACGGCCCCCAACGUGACCCUGCCGGCUGAGUAUCAGCAGUCCUCUGUGGGUAUCGCCCUGACGAUGCUGCGCCCUUCUUGCGCCGAGGAGACUUGGGCCGAAGGCUAUCCAGUCAACGACGACAAGUACAACCCAUUGUUGUUUAACGAGGCAGACACGGUCACGACGCCGGGCGGAGGUCUGGCUAAGUUCACGGCGCAUUUGAUGGUUCCGCAAUAUUGCGACGACCGCAGCGCUGCGUUCUUGCUCAACGUGAUGCCGGUUCAGCUGGUGGACGUGGUGUACAACAUGUGCCCCAAGCACGCCAUUCCGGACAAGGCCAACGGUAAUGCGGAUUGCCCUGUGGGCAAGGUCAUGGUAUUGCUGGAUAUCACGGAUAGCAAUUGGAACAAGGACUACAGCUACUCGACUGUGAAACAGUGCGUGGACCCGGCCAACUAUGAUCUCUUUUCGGGCGAGAUGGCGAUCUCGUAUUGCUGGUCGUUUGGUCAACUGCCAGAUCAGUUUGCGAUCCGGCCUUUCCGCAUCAGCAUCCCCAACGUGACUGACUACAACAUCAAGAGCAUGCCCGGCGGUUCUUGGAACACAUCGGUGAACAUGCCUAUCAAUCGCGGUGUGACGGUGACUCUCAAGGUCAACCCAGCAACCGGCGACCCAAUCCUCAUCCAGAAGUCUGGCAAGUACACGCUGCCCUCCACCGGCAUCUCUUCGGUCGAUCUGGAGAUUCUGGUUCCCAUGGGUUUGGACGACCAGUCCGUCUCGGUGCAGAUGUUUGGUCCGCCCAACCCGCCGUCGCCUGACGUCAUCUGCCCCUGCCCCACCGCUGUUCCCAGCGACGGUGUUUGCCCCGGCAACACGGCACUCAUGACGGCAUCGCUGGUGGCUAACCCCAAUGUGACGCAGCACGGUUGCGUUCCCUCGCCGUACUGGGAUGGAGCCAAGGGCGAGCUGAUGUUUUCGCAUUGCUGGCGUUACCUCUGCCUGAGCAACGACUUCCAGAAGCAGGACUACUUUUUGGACUUGGAAUUUACGGAGAAGUACAACGUUCAGAACGUCCCUGCUGGCAACCACACCCUCAGCUGGUUCAAGCCCAAGGUCGUGGAUAUGUUCCUCAAGUUUAAGUACUUUGACCAGGUCAAUCCGGAUGACUAUGCGCAGUUUUCGUCUCGCAACGGUCAGUCGCAGUCGAUUACCAUUCCAACCGGUGGCGUUCGUCAGAUGGCAGUUCGCUUCAAGAUUCCGUACAACAUGAUUUACGACACCAACUCGGGUUCGGUCAAUUUGAAUGCCGACCCGGCGCGCCUCGUCCCAUCGCCGCCGCCACCGUUGGCGUUGACCAACUACUCGUACACGGUCAACCGUACGGCAAGCAUCCUCCGUUCCCAGAUCUUUGUGGAUGACGUCAUCAACAGCACCUCAUUCAACAUCUCGGCGGUUGCGGAUCAGUUCAGCUCUGACAUUCAAGGCACGUUGUCUUCGUACAUCAUGUCUUCGGAAGUCUCCUUUCCGGACUAUGGCCUCGUCAAGAGCUGCACUCCCACGGACGUCCAAAACGUGCUCAAUCAGGUCGCGAGCAAGUACGGCAUUAGCGUGGACGAGCUUUCAGGAUCCUGUCAGUACAACUACGUCAAGCCGGGUUCCGUUUCCAAUGUGACAACGUCGGGUCGUCGCCGCCGCGGACGUAGCCUGCAGCAGACCUCGGCCAACACUAGCACGGUGUGCUAUCCGCGCAUCACCAUUACCAUUAGCCUGCCGCUGAACACGCCCAUGACUGGGAAUGCCUCGGACGCCGUGGCUGCUGCCACGAAUGCCGCGAAUGCAGUGUAUAAUGCGCUCGGAAGCGACGCAUGCUACGUGCCAACAGGGUCGGAGAGCACUGUUGGCACGCUGGUGACGUUUAGCACUUCAAAUCCGAAGGCGACGUGCGAGUACUUGCUUCAGGCCUUUGCCAGCGCCAACAACCUGACUGCCGACCAGGUCCGCACCUUCAAUUGCGGAGGCUAUGAGCCCAAGAAGAAGUACCCCGUGGGCCUCAUUGUCCUCUGGGCGGUGUUGGGCGCACUCACAUUGGUGGUCAUCGGCGUCGGUAUCUUCAUGUUGGUAUCCUGGCGCGCACGGCGGAAGGCCAACAUGCACUACAUCGAGGAAGGCAAACAGGCUCCCCAGAACACCAAGCCGCCCAGGGUUGUGCCGUACGAUGCAACCGCCAACUACCAGUACAAGGUGGGAGCUGCGGUGUCGGAGGGUCUGGACCGACCGGACUCACCCACUCGGAAGCUGCGGCUCUUUGCGGUUCCGCCCCUGUCGAUUAAUAACAAAGUGGUGCCUGUGUAGGGGUUGGUGUUGUGGGGUCCUCUUGAAAGCGUGCUGUGAUUGCGAUUCAAGGGUGCAUGGGGGGUUUGUGUUGGCUGAGUUAAGCCAAGGGAAUACGUGUGGUCUUGUGUAUGACCUAGUCUUGGAGACUGCCAGUGUCAUUCCUUCAAUAAGCAGCUGGACGGGCCAAAGACGCCCUGCUGGCUUGGCCCUGGUGGAUGAUGUCUGUAUUUAUCCGCCAGUUUUUUGCCGAUAGCUGGCUGCAGCCAUUCAGCACGCGUGUGUGAUGCGUGUACGGUACAUGCUGUACGGGUGAUCUUGGCAGGAGGUAAUACGACUCGGAUGCUGGCUUAAUCCGUAAUGUCCGUGAUUUACAUCGUGUUAUUUCUUUCAGUUAUUACCCACGCCAGGUACAGAACCCUGUGCCAUCAUUUGCGGUUGUCGUUGUCUAGGUAGCGGUGUGAUGACUCGAUGCCUAGUUAUCCCGCUUUUCCUGUGCCCUCUUUAGUUAUCCUAUCUCUUAAAUCUAAAUCUUGCGACUUCAUAGUGUUGGCCAAGAGUGUUGGCUUUACUUGUGCUGUGCCGUAUCUCUUGCGAUACGUGUUGAUACAGUUGUCUGUACAUAGCGCCGUUGUCUGGUUGAACUAGCUUGGUGGGUCUGAGACGAGUGAGCUGGGACUGGUGUGACCAGCAGUUAGGCUUGGACAUGAUACAGCAUUGCUUGACCGACUUCUUGUCUUGGAGUGUGACCGCACCGGUCUGUGCCCCCAGCCUGGAGCAACCAGAACUCAACGAGGCUUGGGACCAUGCUCACAGCGGUGUCCGUCGCCUCCUGCUGUUGUGGUUGAAGCAAUGGUGCCGCAUUGGUUUCUCAUUGUCUUGUUUCAGUCUAUGUGUUAUACGACCUAGGUAGUACGGCAGGUAGGUUGUUCGCAUUCAUGGAUUUGCGUAUGUGGCUCACCCUUUACAGGCUAGGUGAAGGCCUUGGGUGUUAUGGCAAGCAGCUUAGCUACUAGGACAGCCGCCAUGUGGAAGAGAGGCUGGCUGUUUGUUGCAAUUUUGUUUCUCACGUGGGCGUCAUUGUGUGUUGUGGUUGUGUCAUCCGUCGUGUGGUGUGUGCUUGGUUCACAUGACGUAAGGAAACUGUCCGCUGGAGAAGCGUGGCUGGUGGUAUGCACUCGGAUGCGCAUGUGAGGCUGGUAAGGUCUGAGUGCAGGUGAGCGUAGCUUGGGGUGAAUCGGGCAAUCUUGGAUCGUGGCCAUGGCAAAGGGCUCUGCAAUUGGACCUUCAUAGGGACCCAUGGGUCACAAGAUGGCGAGCAAGAACGGAUGGAGUGGUAGUGCUAGGAUAUACUAACGACCGGCGGGCGCUUAGUUGCAUUACCUUUGUGAUUGCUAGCGUAAGUGGGCCAUGUGAGAUGUGACGGCUAACUAGCCCCAAGAUUUGGAGUUGCCCUUAGGAUGGACGUCGUUGGAAUAAUAAGGCAAGUUAAUUUCUUUGCAGCCUGCGGUUAUGUUGCCUCCUGCUGGGUACACCGCAUAUGCUUGUAACACAGUACUUGGCCAUU